GGCCUGAGCAGCCGGAGGAGGAGGUCGUGCCCAGAGCGCUCCUCUCUUCUGUGCCUUUUAGCCGAUGUCGAACCGCAGCCGGGAAGCCGCCCCCAAGCGGGCGUGCCCCACCAGCCCAGCCGACGACCAUGGGCUGCACACGCCGGAGAAGCGCAGCACCACCCCCUUCGCGGAGGCUCGGGCGGCGCCGGGCCCCAGCGGCGGGCUGCUCCACCCGCGAGAGUGGGACACGGAGCGCCUGUGCGCGUUCCUCCGCGGAAGGGGCUUCGGGGAUGCGGCGCUGCUGAGGGGCUUCCGAGAAAAUAGUAUCACUGGUUCAUGUUUGCCCUACCUCACAGAAUCUCGUCUUGAAAAAAUCGGAAUUCAAAAGAUGGAUGUGAGAGUAAAGAUUCUGAAUUGUCUGCACAAACUGGCACAAAGUCAUGCUGUUAUAAUGAAGGUAUUUAACGACCCUAUCCACGGUCACAUUGAAAUGCAUCCUCUUCUUGUUAAAAUAAUUGACACACCUCAGUUUCAGCGCCUCCGAUACAUUAAACAGUUGGGUGGAACUUACUAUGUUUUCCCAGGAGCUUCACACAACCGUUUUGAACAUUCCCUUGGAGUUAGCCAUCUGGCAGGCCGUUUGGUUCGGGAAUUGCAAGAGCGACAGCCCGAGUUGGAUAUUAACCACAGGGAUAUUUUGUGUGUUCAGAUUGCUGGUCUCUGUCAUGAUUUGGGUCAUGGACCAUUCUCACAUAUGUUUGAUGGAAGAUUCAUCCCACUUGCUCGCCCAGGAUACCCAUGGAAGCAUGAAAAAGCUUCUGUUCAGAUGUUUGAGCACUUAAUCACUUCCAACAAUCUGAGGCCUGACAUGGAAUAUUAUGGUCUCCAGCUGAAUGAAGAUAUAGACUUUAUCAAAGAACAGAUAGCAGGACCCAUUGAGCCAAAAAAAGAUGACUCUUCUUGGUCUUACCAAGGGCGAACUGCGGAAAAAAGUUUUCUCUAUGAGAUAGUGGCUAACAAAAGAAGUGGCAUUGAUGUUGAUAAAUGGGAUUACUUUGCCAGGGACUGUCAUCAUCUUGGAAUUCAGAAUAAUUUUGAUUAUGAGCGGUUCAUUAAAUUUGCUCGAGUUUGUCAAGUGAAAAAUAAGAAGCAUAUUUGUACACGUGACAAGGAGGUUGGCAAUCUUUAUGACAUGUUCCACACACGGAAUUGCCUGCACCGCAGAGCCUAUCAACACAAAGUUGGGAACAUCAUUGAAACCAUGAUUACCGAUGCCUUCUUAAAAGCUGAUCCCUAUAUCAGAAUAAAGGGUUCUUGUGGGAAAGAAUACAAAAUGUCUACAGCACUGGAAGAUAUGGAAGCAUACACUAAGUUAACAGAUGAAAUUUUUCUAAAGAUUCUACACUCUGAUCAACCAGAGCUGGAAGAUGCACAGGAGAUUUUGCGUAAAAUAGAACGGCGUGAUCUCUAUAAAUACCUCGGACAGACUCAGCCUCCAGAGGGCAAGGAGAUUACAAAAGAGCAGUAUGACAGCCUGUCUUCUGAAAUAGUUGCAUCUAAGCCAGCAAAAUUCCCUGAAGAUGCUGAAUUGAAGGCUGUUGUAUUGAAGGCUGAAGACUUUAUUGUUGAUGUUAUCAAUAUGGAUUAUGGAAUGAAAGAGAAGAACCCUGUCAAUAAUGUUCGUUUCUACUGUAAGUCUGACAUUACUAAAGCAAUCAAAAUCACUAAGGAACAAGUUUCAAAACUUCUACCAGAAAAAUUUGCUGAACAACUGAUUAGAGUUUAUUGUAAGAAAACAGAUGAAAAAAUUAUUUGUAUUGCCACAAAACAUUUUAUUCAGUGGUGCAUAAACAAGGAUUUCACUAAACCACAGGAUGGUGAUGUGGUUGCCCCAGAACUUACUCCACUGAAGAGAGACUGGAAUGAUGAUGAAGAUGAUUACCAGCACAAUUCAAAGGAAAACACUAACAGUUCAAAGAUCAGAAACAGACUUUUUAAUGACUGAUUAACUUUAAUUGCUGUUGAGUGAUUCAAAUUUUGUUAUAUCAUAUUUUAUAAUAAUGUUGUAAUGAAAAAUAAGAUGGAUAGUUGUUGUUUUUUUAAAUCAAGUUUUCCUUAAAAAAUGUUUUGUAAAACUAUAGACUAAAUAUGCACCAUGCCCAUGGAAAAGCUGCAGUUGAAAAUGUCUUUGUUGCAAGAUCUUUUAACACGUGUUGUGACUUUCUCAAAAUAGUUAAUUGACUUCUGAGAAAUAAUUUAUUCCCACCAACAUUUUCAUUUCAUCAGUAGUUUAAAGGAUUAAGAAUAUUCAUCUCUAAAGACAUUAAAAAAGGACUGGCUUUCUAGCCUUAUCAUAUUUAAUUUUCUUAAGAUUGAUAAAAUUGUACAGUUUGCUGUUGGAAUAGCCCUGUAUACAAAAUAUUGGCAGGCAAGGUGAGGUAGAACUUGUGCCACUUCUCUAAUUCAUUUGUUUUGUUAUAAAAAUAAUAAUCAUAUAGUCCUUUCUAAAAAGGCUCUGCGCUGAAUAUGCAAUGAUACAAUCAGGGAUAUAAUUUUUAAACAGUUUUUUUAAAAGUUUGCUGCUCAUCAUUUUAAUGUCCAAAGGCAAUAUUGGCAACAACAAAACUGCUGAACAUGUGUUAGUCUCACUGCACAUAUUAGAGGGACAAAGAUUUUGAAAAUCAAAAAGGAACAAGGGCAUGUCACACCAGAGGAUUUUACUCCUUGUAUUUCAAAGUAAUUGGAAUGUAUUCAGGCAUAGCAAUCUUGUUCAGGUGGAGAAUAGGGGUGGGAAGGAGGGAAUCUCAGAUGUUUGAAACUUCAGAACCUCAUUUGAAUCACAUUGACAGAGUAAAAAAGGAGGAAUGGAAUUCUGUUUCCUGUUCUAGUGUUUCAUUCUUUUAAAAAAUCCCUUUAAUUGGAAUGAAGUGUAUGCCAGUUUCAUGGCUGCUGUAUACUUACCCUGUGUCAGAGCCAGGUCUGUGGACUAUGGAUCAUGGAGAUCAGAUUCUCAAGAGUUGCCUUUAGUGAUUCCAAUUCCAAUUCCAUUUCCUUAUUGGAAAGACAUUAGAGCCUCAGAGGUGGAGAAGGAAAAGCCAUAGAGGCUUCAGUGCAGAUUUGUAUGCCUCUGACAGAUCAUAUCUCUCAGCCCAUAGAAGAGGAAUUUUCUGAUGGCACUGGGUGCACUUCAAGAGGUCAUAGAUUGUAUCCCUACUAUAUUUUAUAUCCACGGAUAACAUGAUUGUAUUCGUAUGAAAGAGCAUAUUUCUUUAAAUCUGUGAUGUGCACUUUGUGCUGGCAAACGUGUGUUUUUGUAUAUGUGAGAAGUGUGCUAUUGUAAGAAUGCAGAUUUUUUUAUCUUACAGGUGUUUUUUUUUAUUAACAAAAUUCUUUAUGUCCAGUUUAAUAAUUCCUACUUAGCUUUGGAAAAACUUUUAUAUAUUCUGGGUUGGAUCUGCCCUGCUUACGGAAUGGCUCCUUUCAUUCACAGAUGGAACUGCAAGUAGGUUCUUGUUGAGGAACUUUGAUUUUUACCUAUUCCCUGUGCAGCCCCCUAUGUAACAUUGAACACUAUGGAGAUGUGAAAAAGCCUACAGGGUGAAGCAUCAAUUCAGUAAGAACUUCAGUAAAGCAUAGUGUUUAUUCAAUGCUUUACCUGAAUCAUCACAGCAGCUUGAACUAGAAUUCACUUUUACUGACACAUACACAUCAGUAUCACAUGUACCAGGAAUUGUUCAGUAUUAUGUGUACGACAUACUGUAGAUUAGAUUGUGUGAAGGAGGGGUGGACGAAGGGCUGUACACAGCUCCCAAAGAGCCUUUUUUUUCCUGGUGGGUCACAGCUGGAUGAAAAGGGCCCUAGGACUCCCUGGUGCUGGAAAAAAAUGAGGAGGUACAGGAAUGAAAGUUCAGGCUUGAAAAUGAUUGCUUCUCUUAAGACAGAGAUAGAAUCCUCCCCUGCCCUCAAGUAAAAAAUGGAAGUGCAUAUUUAUUCAUUUAAGAUUUUCAAUUCAACUUUCUUUUUUCUCUUUCUUUCUUUCUUUUUUUGGCCAUUUUGAUGACUACCUCUGGGAGGUAGUGCAGCAAAAAAUUGGUCCCCAGCCCUGCCAGAAUUGCACAUCCUGACAUAAAAGGAUCUCCAAACAAUUAGAUCACUUGAGUUCCACACAUUCGAGGCAAUUUUAUUCAUCUUUAGAUCAAUAUUUGAUUUGCUGUCUUACAGUUCAUGUAAUGGGUGCAGGGCAACUACAGUAUACAUAGACCAACCUGUAAAGCAGUAUAAAAUUGCGAUUCCUGUACAUGUGACAAAAAUGUAUUUUGCAAUGUCUGAGUAUGUGUUCAUUUCAGCUUGGCAAUAAAAGCUCUAAUGGCUGAUCCUUA